CGCUCCUCGAUCCCUCAUAACAUUAUCACAUAUAGACAUCUCUCAUCACUCUCACUUCGUCCUAUCAUCAAGCACUGCCCUCGAUUGCUCACUCGAACACUCUACUAUAAACACUCUCAUAUUCUUCAAAGCAGCUCAUCAAACUCAAGUCAUAGGUUCAUCUUUCAACUUGGAUUCAGGAGUUUCACCACGACCAUGAGCACAGACGAAGAGAUCAUCUCUAAACUGCACAAGCUAUCAUUCACUUCCACUGAAGUGGUGCGACAUGAACCUGUGAAGGGAGGCGUUGAAUGGAAGGUCGAGUUGGAGAAAGUGGGUAAGGGAGGUGUUGGUUUGACAAAGACUCUCCUCUUCAAGCCCAAAACGGCCAAAUCAGCUACUCCCACUCCAGUCCUCCUCAUAGCUCGGGAAUCCACUCAAACGUCCUCUUCCCUCCUCGCCACGCAGCUCAACCUUAAAGACCUUCGUCUGGCUUCCCUUGAUCUGAUCAAAGAAGUCAUCCCUGCUGCCCAAACUCCAGAAGACGUUUCUCCACUUUUACUCACUUCGCCCAUCCCAGAAACGUUGCAUGUGGUAUUGGACGCCGCAUUGGCGGAAAGUGAAGAGAUCUUUGCGAUACAUGGGACGACGAGUGGGAGUAGCGUUUUGUUGAAGGGAACAGAGAUCAAGAUUUGGUUGGAGAGUUUGGGAGGGGAGGUUCAGGUGGUUGAUUUCGGAGAAGCUGUUACCGCACCCAAAAAAGAAGAAGAGAAGAAAGAAAAGACCAUCCCACCCAAUGUCCCUGUAAAAAAGGAAGAAGGACUGUAUGAAAUGGCUAUCCAGUAUAAGAAAGAGGAAAACUUUUCGGGAUGGUAUACCGACGUUUUGAUUAAAGGUGAAAUGCUCGACUACUACAAUAUCUCUGGAUGUUACAUUCUUCGUCCUUGGUCAUAUUCAAUCUGGCAGGAGAUUCAAAACUGGUUCGACGCCGAGAUCAAGAAAUUGGGUGUGGAAGAUUGUUAUUUCCCCAUGUUCGUCUCUAAAACCACUUUGGAAAAAGAAAAGGAUCACAUUGAAGGUUUUGCGCCAGAGGUAGCUUGGGUCACGAAAGCGGGAGAAUCCGAUUUGGAAGAGCAUAUCGCCAUUCGUCCGACUUCGGAGACCGUCAUGUAUCCAUACUACGCCAAGUGGAUACACAGUCAUCGUGACUUGCCUCUCAAACUUAAUCAGUGGAACUCAGUCGUCCGUUGGGAGUUUAAGAAUCCCCAGCCUUUCCUGCGAACUCGUGAAUUCCUCUGGCAAGAAGGUCACACCGCUUUCCUCACCAAACCCGAAGCCGAAGAAGAAGUUCGUGAUAUCCUCGAUCUUUAUCGUCGCGUCUAUACCGACCUCCUUUCCAUCCCCGUGAUCCCCGGGAAGAAAUCUGACAAAGAGAAAUUUGCCGGUGGAGACUAUACAACCACUGUCGAAGGAUUCAUCCCCACCACCGGUCGUGGUAUACAAGGAGGUACUUCACAUCAUCUUGGUCAAAACUUUUCCAAAAUGUUCGGAAUAACAGUCGAAUCCCCUGAUAAGACAAUCACUGAACCUGUUCACGUAUAUCAAAACUCUUGGGGUUUAUCCACCCGGACACUCGGGGUGAUGGUCAUGAUUCAUGGUGAUGAUCAAGGUUUAGUCUUACCUCCUAGAGUAGCACUUCAACAAGUAGUGAUAGUACCUGUCGGUUUGAGUAAAGCGGAAGGUAAAAACGAAGGGAUUUUCGAAAAAUGUCGUCAAUUAGAAACUACUUUGAAAAAAAGUGGGAUUCGUGCAAAAGCAGAUGUGAGAGAAGGUUAUACACCAGGAUGGAAAUUCAAUGAUUGGGAAAUGCGUGGAGUACCCGUUAGAUUGGAAUUAGGUCCAAGGGAUAUCGCUUCUAAUACAGUUUUAGCUGUUAGAAGAUAUGAUGGACAUAAAGAAUCAUUACCAUUGAAUGAUAUUGAAAUUACGAUAAAAGAUUAUCUGGAUAAGAUUCAGUUGGCUAUGUUGGAAAGGGCUCAAGUUAAGUUUGACGCACAUGUUAGAACUUGUACGAAAUGGGAGGAAUUCGUUCCUCUCUUAGAUCAGAAAUGCGCUUUGGUAGUACCUUGGUGUGAAGUGGAGAAAUGUGAGGAUGAGAUUAAAGAAAGGUCAAAAUCACAGGCCAACAAGGGUGUCGCAGAAGAUGCGAAAGCUCCUUCGGCAGGUGCUAAAUCUUUAUGUAUUCCUUUCGAUCAAAAACGAUUUGGAGAAUUUCCUCAUGGUCAUGAACAGAAAUGUAUACAAUGUGGGGAGAAAGCAAAGAGCUGGACUAUGUUUGGUAGGAGCUACUAAGUGCGCGUCGAUAUAUCUUCUCUGAUCGGCGACUGUCUCAUACCCCUUGCGAGUCAUCCAAAGUUAAUUUCCCCCGAAGUAUGUCAAAAUCUGCAUUUUCUAUCUGUGU